AUGCCAUCUCAGGUGCACGUGGACCCGAUGGCGCGCACCGCCACCGAUACCUCGGAGGCGAGCAGCAGUGAGGUGGACAUGGUUGCCGUCAUGACAGAGAUGACCGUCGCAGAGCGCCGCCGCGUGUACGCGCUGCAGGGCCUACUGAAGGAGUACUACGAGGUGCGCCAGCGCCUGCGUGCUGAGAUUGCGGCGCUGGCCAACGAGUGCGCCGCAGAGAACCAGAAGCUCUUCGCUGUUCGCAAGGAAAUAGUCACGGGCACACGCGACAUCACGGAGGAGGAGCUGCAGGGCAUUGGUUGCACGGCGGCGCCCACCGAGCCGGAGAAGAAGGACGAUGCUGCUCCGGCGAAGAAGGGUGUGAAGUUUGUCGAUCCGGUGGAUGAGAAGCAGAACAGCGCACUGGCUAAGGCGGCGGCGAGCCCGUCCGGCGGCAUCCCGGCGUUUUGGCUGACCGCCAUGAGCAACUCGGAAGCCGUGAACAGCAUGAUUACUGAGAAGGACCGUGACGCCCUCAUGCACCUUACUGACAUCGAGCGCGGGUUUGUCGAGGGUGACCCGGAGAAGGGCGACCGCCUCGUCUUCCACUUUUCUCCCAACGAUUACUUCACAAAUGAAACGCUCACGAAGGAAUACCACACCGAGUACGACGAGGACCACGGCGAGCCGCGCAUCACAGACGUGGUUGGCUGCGACAUCAACUGGAAGUCCUCGAAGAAGAACCUGACCGUGACCGUCAAGCAGAAGAAGCAGCGCAACAAGAAGACCGGCCAGAUGCGUGUCGUGGAGCGCGAAGAUCCGUGCGAGUCCUUCUUCAACUUCUUCUCCCCGCCCAACCCAGACAAGGAUGAUGAUGAUGAGGAUGGCGACGAUGAAGACUUCCUCGAGCAAGAGAUGGAGAUGGACGUCGAGGUCGGGACGGCGCUGACGCAGGCGGUGGUGCCGCGCGCCAUCUUCUACUACACUGGCGAAGCUGUGGUGGAGACCGGCAAGGAGCUGCGCGAGCAGUACGGCUUUGGAAACAGUGAGGAUGAGGAGAGCGACAGCGAGGACGAGGAGAAGGACGAGGACGAAGACGAUGACGAAGACGAGGCGCCAGCUGGCGCAUCGAACUUCCGCAACAUCGUCCGUCAGCGCGGCGGUGGUGCUACGCCUGGUGGCCGUGGCGGGCGUGGUGGUGCUGCAGGUCAGCAGCCUCCGCAGCAGGAGUGCAAGCAGCAGUAG